AUGGCGGAUCUCCUUUCAGCGCUACCCGUCGAGCUGGUGAGCAUCAUCGGUUGUACGUCCACCCCAAGCGACCUGGCAGCACUCCUCCUCGCCAACAAGACACUCAACGAACACCUCACGCCGACACUCUACGCCUCCAUCGACAUCCAGUACUACAACCACGCGCAAUUCUGCAUCCGGACGCUUUCUGCAGAGCCUUCUACCCUCGCGUUCGGUCGGGACCUUGCUGCGCUCGUCCGUUCCUUCUCGCUGCGGUACGAGUACUAUGGUAACCCGACGGGAAAGGCGAAGCUCACACGGCGUCUGGCUCGCGCGGUGGGGCGCAUGACCGGCCUCCGAUACUUCGCGCUUGUCGUAGAUGAUAUCUUCACCCCCAAUGUCUGCGCGGCGCUCGCGCGGUCAGCCGCACCAACUCUGCGCUCUCUCACCGUCAGGGCAGACCUGCCGUCGAGGUGGCCAGACGGGAGCGACCCAGGGGUAUUGCGCAACGUCCGUCCGGUGUUCCCGGAGCUCACCUCCGUCUCGCUCGUGCUUGCGGACGAGUCGCUUUGGCUAGACUUCUUCGAGAAGAUCCUCACGCCGCGCGCGGGACACCUGUGCAACCUAUCCCUCAAAUUCUCGGCGACAUUCUCGGCGCCCCUGCUCUUGUCCUUAGUGCGCAACACCCCAUCGUGGGCGCAGCUGCAAGAACUCGAACUCGACGUUCCGGACGUACCCCUCGCCAUCCUUCCCUCUACGCCAAAUGUACGCAAGCUCACCCUGUCCUCGUCGAUAGAAGCAGACGCACUGGCACAGCUCGUCCUCCCUCCGCACGCGUUUCCCGUCCUUGAAGUCCUUGCUUGCCCUUACCAGCUCCUGCCAAAAUUCCUCCCCGAGGAUGCGCAGACGCAGCGCCCGAUCCGCACCGUACGCCUGAACAAUGCGUCCUACGAUGAGGCCGGCGGCAUUGGAGACUUCGACCGCUACGAGUCCUAUCCCCAAUGGGAGGAGCUGCUCGAGGUGCUGCGCUGCCUUCCGCGCUCGGCGGGCCCGGUGAUGGACCUCAGUUUCUACGUUGACUGGUUCGAUGCGUCAGCGUUUGGCGAGGACCUGGCGCCGUAUGCGGCGACGCUGGAGCGGCUGGUCGUCGUCCUGCGCCAGGACCCGGGUCGCCAGUCUGCAAUCGCGACCUUCGGGGAGACGCUAUUUGCGCGUACGCCCAAGCUGCACACAUUCCUGCUGUCGGACGCGCCCAUCAAGGCGGACGACUAUGAGUUCUUGUUCGCGGGGCAUCGGCACACACAUCUCCGCUGGCUCGAGGAGUGGGACGAGCACCCCAAUGCGCUGAAGAAGGUUGCAUUUGCGACCGACCUCGUGUGGGCGAGGACGGAGGAUGGGUGGCAGGCGCCCCCCAGGAACGAGGACAGCGAUGACGGAGGUGAUGAUGAUGAUGAUGAGGAGGAGGAGGAGGAGGACAGCGAGGACGACGGCGCAGUGGAGAGCGACGGAAGCGUCAUGGUCGAAUCCAACUAG